AUGUCAAUGCAAAAAAAUCGAAAUUAUUUUACUGCUCUCCAUUUUGCAGCAGAAAUGAAUAGUAAAGAAAUAUUGGAAUAUUUAAUAAGUCUUGGCGCAGACAUAAAUGCAAAAAAUGCUGACGGAGAAACCCCUCUUCAUUUGGCUGUGGAAGCAGAAUGCAAAGAUAUUAUUGAAAUUUUAAUAUCUCAUGGUGCAGAUAUCAAUGCAAAAGAUGAUAUGUUACAAACACUACUUCACCGUGCUUCUAUGCUCGACAAUAAUAAUGAAAUUGCAAAAUCUCUAAUUUCUCAUGGAAUAGAUUUGAAUGCAAGAGAUAACCAAGGUUGCUCUGCAUUAGAUUAUGCUAAAGAGGGCAGAAAUAAGGAACUGAUAAAACUUCUUAUUUCACAUGGCGCAAAACGAAGAAAAUAA